CACUGAGCAACAAAGUGGCCGCGGCUUGUUUAUGAAGCCUGGGCUUACCGCGUGCGAGAGUGCGCGUGCGUGAUGGAUUGACUGUUAAGUUAACAUUUAACUAUUAAAUGACUGAGUCGUCACCAAAUAUAUAUAUACCCAAUAUAUAGGGUUGUGGUCUCGUCUGAGUCCCCCAAUCUUACUCACGCACACAAAAAGGCUUUUUUUUUUUUUUUUUUACUGUGUUCGUGGGGACCAGUCAUUGACAUUAUACCGAUUGCUUCUUAGCCUUAACCAGCGUAACUAAAUGGCCUAAUAAAUUACCCUAACCUAAACUUAAUCCCAUCCUGAAACCUAAAACCAAGAUUUUAACCCUCAAACAGACGUUUAAACUUGUGGGGUCCAGCAUUUUGCUAGACACAAGUAUAUUGGCCUCCUGCUUUUCGGACCCCACAAAUAUAGUAAAACAAGCCCACACACAUACUAAUAUAGAUAGAGAAAGGGAGAGAGAACAAAUCCACGUAGUCUCUUCCAGCAUCACUUAAAGCAAACACCCACAUUUGAUUAUGUGUCAUUUCUUUCUUCCUACCCUGCUCGGCAUAAAUAUCAAUUGACUGUUUAAUUAAUCAAAUAAAUUAUAUCAAGAUUUUUUUUUUUCUCAAAUCCCAGAGGAACACACAAAAACCAGGAACCGUGCAGUUGGCUUUAGUUCUUCAAGCUUUGAAAUCAAGAAAUGGUUGGAAAAUAUGGAAAGAGUGACACCCAUUGCAGGUCUGGAGGAAAUGCAGCCAGCACCUCACACAUCAGAGAGUGGGGUAGAGAGAGAGGGAGAGAAAGAGAGGCAUACAGUCUUCAAACCUUCAAACAUACAAGCGGCCCUUUGAAGAAGUGAGGACUCGAAAAAAUGCUCAGACCCAAAGCUUAAAACUGAAAUUGGUCCCUCGCAGAACAAGCUUUAACAAAUCAGAUAAACUUAAUUUAAUUACUUAGGAGGACGCUGAACUGACUGAAGUUAUUUAAACUUACAUAAUUCAAUGUCUCAUUGUUUCUAAAAUUAAAACAUAGAACAAAUAAUCAACUGGAGAUUUUUUCAAAAAUGAGGAAUCAUGGAAUGAUGUUGAACUAAACGUAAUCUAAAUUUUUGACUCAUCCAGUUACCGAACACUGUUGCAGACAUUCCCAUAAAUGUGUUGCAUUUUGUUUGCUUUUCUUUCUGCCCAGUUCACCAAACCAGCUCCACGUGGGUUAAACCUGCAGACUGUGCUGGUCUUCCAUCAUGUGAAGCCACAGUCUGACAUAGUUGACUAAAAGUGAAAGACAGAGCUAAAGCGCAUAACAGAGAGCUUUGGAGCUGCUAUCCAUGCUCUCAACACCGCUCAGCUGACAGAUGGUGUGAUUAACAGAAGCAAAAGGAUGAUUCUGGACACUCUGGGUGUUGGGUUAUUAGGAACCAGGACAGCUGUCUUCAACAAGGCUCUCAUGUACAGCCAGAUGUUCACAUCUGAGGAGAGGAGCACAGUUUGGGGGAAAUCAGACAUAAUUCUCCCUCCUCACUUUGCUGCAUUUGUCAAUGGCAUCGCUGUUCACUCCAUGGACUUUGACGACACGUGGCACCCUGCUACUCAUCCCUCGGGAGCUGUGCUGCCUGCGCUGCUGGCCCUGGCAGAGACUCUGCCCAGCCAGCCCUCUGGUCUAGACCUGCUUUUGGCCUUUAAUGUUGGCAUCGAGGUGCAGGGCAGACUCAUGAGGUUCUCCAGAGAGGCGUACAACAUCCCUGAGAGAUUCCACCCUCCCAGUGUUGUUGGGGUGAUGGGCAGUGCUGCAGCCUCAGCCAAGCUCCUGGGUCUGUCCCCUGCACAGUGCAGUCAUGCUCUGGCUAUCGCGGCCUCCUCUGCUGGGGCUCCCUUGGCCAAUGCUGCCACCCAAACCAAACCUCUCCACAUAGGAAAUGCUGCUCGGAGAGGCCUGGAGGCCGCUCAGCUGGCCCAGAUUGGUCUGGAGGGGAAUCCAGCCAUUCUGGAUAUGGACUCCGGGUUUGGGGUUUACUACAAAGACUACACUCCUUCAGCGAUGGCUGAUUCUGCUUGUAGUGGCUUUAGAUGGACUCUGGAAAAUCAGAAUGUGGCCGUCAAGCGCAUCCCGGCUCAUUUGGGGAUGCACUGGGUUGUUGACGCAGCUCUGGCAGCCCGCGCAAAGCUUGAAAAUACAGUGGGGUACUUUGACCUCAGCCAGAUCCGACACAUCACACUACGAGUACCGCCAUCCAAGUAUGUUAACUGCCCGUUUCCUGCCACAGAGCACCAGGCCCGGCACUCAUUUCAGUUCAAUGCCUGCUCUGCUCUGUUGGAUAACAAAGUCACAGUGGCUUCCUACAGCGAAGCUCAAAUUAACAGGCCUGCUCUGAAGGAGCUCCUGUCCAAAGUGAAGAUGGAGACCCCGAAGGAUAACCAACCCAGCUUUGACACAAUGUACUGUGAGGCCGAGAUAGAAACAGAUGAAGGGCAGAGUUACGCAGCCAGAUGUGACACUUUUUACGGCCACUGGAGGAAGCCACUGAGUGACAAGGACCUGGUGGGGAAGUUCAGGGUUAAUGCUUCCUCUGUGUUGAGCACGGAGGGAGUGGAAGGAGUGAUUGAUGUGGUAGGAAACAUUGAAAGAGUGAGUGAUUGCUCAAUCUUGGGCUCAUAUCUGAGAAUGACAAGUAGUUCACAUGCACAGUUGUACAGCACAAGAGUUUUGUAAUUGUCCAGUAUUUAAUGAGGCCAGUGUGGCAAGUAUCUGUGUGAAGACUUGUAAUAUUUGAAACUCCAUGUGGCAUGCACAUUUCCACUCAUGAUUUUUUUCUUCUGUGGUGUGUGGGUCUGAAAUAAAGUGAGCUGAAAAAUUUUCAUUUU